AUGUACAGUAUAAAAAUGUCAUUUUUGUCAAUAAAAAAACAAUAUAAUCGGAUCCUCCAUAGGCAAGGCCAUCGCAAUCGUAUUCUCUUAGCACGAAGUUUACCGGAAAUAACAUACAUUGACAUUUUGCCUAAUAAUCAUAAUGAAUACGGCACUGAUGACAAUGAUAAUGGAAACAGUUAUAUCGGUGAUAACAACAGGCAUUAUCUAUUCAAAAGAGGAUACUUCAAUUCUCCUUCACCAAUUUACUACAGCUCUGAGUAUAUCGAUGGGAAGAGUGAUAUACUAGAUACGGGGUGGUAUAAACCCAAUCCCAUCAUAAAAAUAAAUAUUUUAAAUAUGACAUAUGGCGCAGUUUCAGCACAUAACGGUGCAUACGCUGCUGAUGGCGUUGGUGGCAGCAAACUCAUGGAAAUGUAG